GUAGCGACAACUGAGAGGAGCUUGGGGUUUUCCGUACAGUAAUAUCACUGCGACGCAAAACUGUCAUGGAGUCCGAUUACAAGAUCGUCAGGGAGCUGGGAAAGGGAGCGUUUGGGACAGUUUACCUCAUCAAACACAAGAGAGAAGCGGAAUGGUUCGCCUUGAAAACUGUGGAUUUGUCAAGAGCCGACGCCAAAGAGAGGGCCAGUGCCGAGAAAGAGGCCAAUCUGAUGCGAGAGCUGGACCAUGAUCACGUGGUGCGGUACGUGGCUUCCACCUUUAACGGGUCCACCCUGUUCAUCUUCACGGAGUACUGCGAGGGCGGGGAUCUGUCACACUUCCUGGAAGACACCAGUGGGAAACUGCCUGAAGACUUGAUUGUGUGUUGGGUGUAUCAAACCGCGGAGGCUUUGAAGUACCUCCACCACAGGAAGAUCCUGCACAGAGACCUAAAACCCCAGAACAUCUACCUGAGUGGGGAGGGGGACAUCAAACUGGGGGACCUGGGUAUUGCAAGGAUUCUGGACAAAGGCGCUGACAUGGCGUCUACAAUGGCCGGAACUCCCUGCUACAUGAGUCCUGAGAUAUUCCAGAUGAAGGGCUACAAUCACAAGACUGACAUUUGGAGUUUCGGCUGUGUGGUGUACGAGAUGGCGGCCGGAGAGCGAGCGUUCGACGCCCCCGUCGUACAAUUCCUCAUCUUCAAGGUGGUUGCUGGGGUGGUCCCUCCAAUCCACAGCGACUACAGUGACGCUUUGCGCCGGUUAGUAAAGUCGAUGAUGGCCAAAGACCCAGAUCACCGCCCCAGUGCUGCUGAUCUGCUAGAACGUAGCCCUGUCAAAGAAUUCAGACAAAGUCCCCAAAGGCCCAAGAAAAUUAUGGAAACCAGAGGAUUUCGGACGAAGUGGGGUACAUCCGAGUCAACAGUGGACAUUGGGAAGAUGUUCAAAGAGAUGGUGUUGAACCCAGCCCCACCUUUCAAAGAUGGCGAUAUUCGUAUUCCCGUAGAUUCUCUCCAAGUGCACAGAGAACGACUGGGUCUCAAGGGGGCUGCCUCGGCAGCAUCGGCCAGCGGAAGCGGAGGAGCUGGUAUAUAUGUGUCAAUUAUGACUCCGAAACAGAAGGGCAAGCAGAAAGUUGCCGAUAAGAAAAUAGAGGUGACCCUGAAACCCGAAAGGUCGAGGACCGAGAUGUCGGAAGGAAGAGCCGCCAUCAUGGGGGCAGUGAUGCGAGGCUUGAUGGGAAAGAUGGUGGAGACCCAGGACAGAACACUUCGAGAAUCUUACUCGAGCACUUCUUCCUCUUCCGACUCAGAUUUCGACUCUACACUAGGAGCAAGUCACGGAACAACCACCAAGAAAGCGAUAGAGGCUCAAUUCCUCAUGAGACAGAUCCAGGUGUUGCAGAAACACUGUGCCGAAGGACUGGGGACAGAUACCUUACAGGACGCUUACUCAAUCCUGGAGUCGGUGACGGACGCCGGCCAGCUAAAGGCCCGCCUCGUGACGCUGAUAGGGGAGGAUAUGUUCCGACAAUACGGCGAGAAGAUUAUGUACUUGCGUCUUUUCCAAGUCGGUUUAGACAAAGUCCGGUCUCAGAUGGAAUAGUAGCUCAACACUAAAUUAUACACUUUCAAGCUGGCGACAGCUGAAAUUGAAAUAUGAGGAACGUAAAAACUCAUCCAACAGACCAUCUGUAUAAGUGAUCACUCGUGACGGAAAGCUGCGAGCGUGUCCGUGACCACUCGGGAUUUGUGGCGCUGACAAGGGCGACUGGAACAUUUGGAAUACUCUUGUUAUUUCGGUUGUCAGAAUUCACGAUACAAACAGGAUUCGUCCUUAACUAUUGUAUAAAUAUUAACAUUUUAUGCCAGUAUUAAUAUGUCGAAGCACAGUCAAUUGUUGACGCAUUCCAUAUUAAGUUCAGCUUUGGGGGUUAAUUGGGGUCAAACGUCGCUUUCAAGACUGUUGCAUCGUGUGUCUGGAUGCUUGUACCAGUGGGAAUGUCGGUUUAUUGUGUCAGCCCCGGAGAGACAACAUAGCGUAGUUUGACAAAGAUAGCAUACCAUUAUUCUGAGAUGUCUUUGUUUUAACCAUUUAAUACCGGCGCAAGUACUGGCAACAAGAAGUACCAUAUUUUCAUGUAUUUUAGAGAUGUAUUCUGUAGAGAUAUAAUAAGGUAAUAUGUCCAAUGAAAAAGAUCGACGUAACUUAAACCCACGCUCCACGUUCUGGUAGAUACUAAUCAAUUUUGUUAUUUAAGGUAAUCGAUAUAGCUAAAUACUGCUUUGAUGCUCGUACAUGUUCGCUGUCAUAAUCUUUAAUACAGCUAAAAAAUUGAAAAAUGUAAGUUUUUCAUCAAAGUUUAAUAAAAAUAUAAAUGCUGAAAACUGGAAAAAUGCUUGUAAACAAUGAAGCGAUCUCCAGAACAUAAGGUUUUUGUUAUCAAAUUUAUCAGUUUUAGUUGACCAGUGUUGUCGCACAUAUAAUGAAUUACCCUUAGGUACGUGAAGCAUGAUUGUUAUUUUGCAUUAUAAUCACCCCGGGUCCCGAUCCACAAAGCAUUCGUAACGUUACGACCUGUCGUAACUCGACAGUUUACCAUAAACUUACGAUUGUCGUAGCGCUACGAAAGCUCUGUGGAUCCGGACCCUGGACAUGAGUGUAUGUCGAAUUUAGUUGUUCCUAUUGUACAUCAUUAAUUACCUCAUUUGAUCUUUGUUUGUAUUGAAGUUUUUGGAGUCAAUACUCUGGUACAAGUAACCGUAAGACUUCCAAUAAAGUCCUUGAAUUUAAUUCGCUUCCGCGCAGCAGCACCCCAAUUGAUAAAUGGGACUUUCAGACAUUGUUCAUGUGUUAUAUAUACGUAAAGACACUGUAGUUAACCAUGUCGAAAGGUCCGACGUAUAGAACACGUAAAUAAUUUGAAAAGGUUUGCAUUACAUGUGAAAAGUUGUUUCCGAAAAAUGGAAUAAGGAACAGCCCUAUAUAUUAUUAUAUUAUUGUUGGUCACAUGUAUAUAUUGAAUGCGUGUUCUGGUGAUAUCUGGAGCUCAGUUGUUCAGAUGCCUGUUAUUCUCUGUCGAUGUGGUAAAAGGCUGUCUGUAUAAUAAGUAUUAUACAAUACUAUUACCAUUAUAUCAUUGGUUUCCAGUAUAUAUUGAAUGCGUGUUCCUGUCAUAUCUUAUGAUGCUCUCUUUUGAUGUGAUAAAAUAAUUUCUGUAUAAGUAUUGUA